AUGUCCUCCAAGUCCCCUCCUCCAAUAGCGAACGGCCUUACGGCCGCGCCCAAAGAUCCCGAGAAAGAACGAAAGAAGGCCGAAAAGAUUCAAAAGUAUAACGAGAAGAAGGCGAAGGCGAAGGCUGCCAAUGCACAAGCUAUACAAGGCCCUUCGAAAACCAUGGCCAAAAAAGCCAAGCAGGAUACUUCCAUGGAUGAACCUUUACCGCCCUACAUAGAAAAGACACCGCCUGGGGACAAGAAGGUUUUGCAAUCACUGCAUGAUCCUCAUCACUUGAACUACAUCCCUAAGGUGGUAGAAUCCGGAUGGUACGACUGGUGGGAGAAGGAAGGCUACUUCAAGCCUGAGUUUGAGCGCGAUGGCAAAGUGAAAGAGAAAGGCUACUUCGUCAUUCCGACACCUCCACCAAACGUAACCGGAGCUCUACACAUGGGCCACGCUCUCCCUAACGCUUUGCAAGAUAGCCUAAUAAGAUGGAACCGAAUGCGAGGGCUAACGACACUGUGGCUGCCCGGCUGUGACCAUGCCGGCAUUUCUACUCAGACAGUGGUCGAAAAGAUGCUGAUGAGGCGAGAAGGAAAGACGAGGCAUGACCUUGGCAGAAAAGCGCUGGUAGAGAGGAUAUGGGAUUGGAAAGAAGAGUACCAUCGCAAUAUCAACGGAGUGCUUCGGCGCAUGGGUGGUUCCUUCGACUGGACGAGGGAAGCCUUCACUAUGAAUGCAACCUUCUCAGCUGCUGUAACGGAAACUUUCGUAACGCUACACGAGGAAGGUCUCAUCUACCGGGCUAAUAGAUUGGUCAAUUGGUGUACUGCGCUUAAUACGACGCUCUCCAACCUUGAAGUAGAUAACUUAGAGUUGAAAAGUCGGACGAUGCUCGAUAUACCAGGGUAUAAGAAGAAGAUCGAGUUCGGGGUAAUCACUCAUUUUCUCUAUCAAAUUGAGGGAAGCGAGGAGACCAUAGAAGUGGCUACGACGCGGCCUGAGACCAUACUUGGUGAUACUGGCAUUGCAGUGCAUCCCAAAGACGAGCGAUACAAGCAUUUGGUGGGGAAGUGCGCGACACACCCCUUCCUUGGACGACCGAUACCCAUCGUCGCAGAUGAAUACGCGGAUCCAGAAAAAGGAACGGGUGCAGUGAAAAUCACACCAGCUCAUGACUUCAACGACUUUGAAGUUGGACGUAGGAACGGUCUAGAAUUCAUCAAUAUACUUAACGAUGAUGGUACUCUUAAUGACAACGCAGGAGACUUUCAAGGUAUGAAGCGGUUCGAUGCAAGGUAUGAGACCAUCGAAGCUCUCAAAGCCAAAGGGCUUUACGUCAAAUGGGAAGACAACGAGAUGAAGGUACCCAGAUGUCAAAAGUCGAAGGACGUCAUCGAGCCUCUCAUGAAGCCACAAUGGUGGUUGAAGAUGAAAGACGGGUUGGCACCUGCGGCGAUCAAGGCUGUAAGAAACGGCCAGAUCAAGAUCCGACCAGAGUCCGCAGAGAAGAACUAUUACUCGUGGAUGGAAAACAUCAAUGAUUGGUGUUUGUCGAGACAAUUAUGGUGGGGUCAUCAAGCUCCAGCAUACUUCAUCAACAUUGAGAACGAGACUGGUGAUGGGAGUGACGGAGAGCUAUGGAUCACUGGGAGGACAGAAGAAGCGGCAGAGGAGAAAGCGAAGGCUAAAUUUCCUAAUAAGAAGUUCACACUUACGAGGGAUCCGGACGUUCUCGACACGUGGUUCUCUUCUGGUCUAUGGCCAUUCGCGACAUUAGGCUGGCCCAACAAGACCCACGAUUUGGAGACUCUUUAUCCUACAUCUGUUCUUGAAACCGGCUGGGACAUCCUUUUCUUCUGGGUGGCUAGAAUGAUCAUGUUUGGCAUCAAAAUGACGGGGCAAAUUCCUUUCCGGGAAGUUUACUGCCAUGCCCUAGUCAGAGAUUCGGAGGGUAGGAAAAUGUCGAAAUCCCUGGGGAACGUUAUUGAUCCUCUCGAUGUGAUGGAGGGUAUCUCGCUUUCUAGUUUGCAUGAAAAGCUAGAAGCGGGAAAUCUUGAUCCAACAGAGGUCGAGAAGGCCAGGAAGACCCAAAAGACAACGUUUCCGGAUGGAAUACCAGAAUGUGGCGCAGACGCUUUACGAUUUUCUUUGGUCAAUUACACAACCGGAGGUGGUGAUAUCAACUUCGAUAUAAAGGUCAUGCAAGGCUACCGCAAGUUUUGUAAUAAGAUCUACCAAGCCACUAAAUACGUUCUUGGCAAACUCGACUCCUCCUUCAUCCCCCAAGGGCUGCCCACUAAAACCGGCCAAGAAUCGCUUGCAGAGCUGUGGAUCCUGCACAAACUUAACACCGCCGCCGCAGAGAUUCACACAGCGUUCACCCAACGGGAGUUUUCCCAAGCAACCUCGAUCACCUAUCAGUACUGGUAUAACCACCUUUGUGAUGUGUACAUUGAGAAUUCUAAGGCUAUACUACAAGCUGGUACUGCUUCGGAGCAAGAAUCGGCCAAACAAACCCUUUACACUGCCCUUGAAGGCGGGCUCACGAUGAUCCAUCCUUUCAUGCCCUUCCUGACCGAAGAACUCUGGCAGCGCCUACCCCGUCGUCCUGAAGAUAAGACACCUUCCAUCGUCAAAGCAGCCUACCCGCAAUAUAACGCCGAGCUCGACGACAGAGAUUCCGAAGAAGCCUACGAGCUUAUCAUGUCCGUCGCGAAAGCUAUACGCCAACUAGCAGCCGAGUACUUCAUCAAGGACUGCGCAACCACCCACAUCCAACUAUUCACCCCUUCCACCCUCUCAACCUGCGAAUCACAAAUCGCGGCCAUCAAGUCGUUGAGCGGAAAAGCUAUGCUGGGCGAGAAUGCAUCCAUCUCCAUCCUCUCGGCCACCGACUCGAAACCGGCUGGUUGCGUUGUGCAAUCCGUUUCUGCUUCCGCGGCCGUAUUUUUACUCGUCAAGGGCCGUAUAGAUAUUGACGCUGAGAUCAAAAAGGGGAAAGAGAAAUUAGCGGCUGCGCAAGAAGGAAUGGAGAAGAAGAAGAAGAUAGUCGGAGGCGAGGGGUGGGAGAAGAUGAGAGAGGACGCCCAGGAGACGGAGAGGAGGAAGUUGGCGAAUGCGGAGCAGGAGGUCAAGGUGCUGGAAGGGAGCGUGGAGCAGUUUGAAAGACUGAGGUUGGAAUGA